UUCACGCUGAUGAAUAACAUUGACACCCACGUGUUUGUCAAAACAAAAUCACAAUGAGUGGGGGAAAUAUUAUGAGUUUUGAAGGCUGUAAUUACUUCAGGCAGAGAUUAAUAUUGUCUACUUUAAGUGGAAAAACAGUGAGGAUUAAGAAAAUUAGAUCGAAGGAAGAUGACCCGGGUUUGAAAGAUUUUGAAGCUAGCUUUAUCCGCCUCCUAGACAAAUUAACAAAUGGAUCUAAUAUUGUUGUAAAUGAAACAGGAACAAGUAUAUUAUACCAGCCUGGUUUACUUGUGGGUGGUAAAAUUGAGCAUGAGUGUAACACACAGCGCAGCAUCGGGUACUAUCUGGAGGGACUCACCUGCCUGGCUCCGUUUACAAAGAAACCCAUUCAUGCUGUAUUGAAAGGCGUCACUAAUGACCAGAUUGAUCCAUCAGUUGACAUGAUUAAGCUGUCUACAUUUCCAGUACUCAAGCGAUUUCUUGGCACAGAUGAAGGUUUAGAACUAAAGAUAGUCAGGAGAGGAGCUGCUCCAGAGGGGGGUGGGGAGGUCACUUUCAGCUGUCCUUGUCGACAGAAACUCAGACCACUGCAGUUCACAGAUCCAGGGAAAAUCAAGAGAAUUAGGGGUGUAGCAUGGGCUGUGAGAGUGGCACCAGUUGUGACAAAUCGAAUAGUGGAUUCUGCCAGAAGUGUACUCAAUAAGUUUAUUCCUGAUAUUUAUAUUUACACAGAUCAUUACAAAGGAAGCCAGUCAGGGAAAUCUCCUGGCUUUGGACUAACUUUAGUGGCAGAGACAAUUAAUGGAGCUUUUUUGUGUGCAGAAAACUCAUCCAAUCCAAAAGGAUCAGACAAAGGUCCCUCAGUGCCUGAGGAUAUUGGGAAGGAAACUGCAAAACUCCUGCUGGAGGAAAUUUAUAAGGGAGGAUGUGUAGAUUCGACCAAUCAGAGCAUGACAGCAUUAUUUAUGAUCCUUGGUCAACAAGAUGUCUCCAAAGUUCAAACAGGCCCCCUCACACCUUACACGAUCCAGUUUUUAAGGCAUGUCUACAGUUUCUUUGAUGUAAUGUUCAAGAUUGAACCUCAGCAGGUGUCUGAGGAGGAUGAGGAUCUGAGGACCGGCGGAGAGAAACUCAUAUUGACUUGUGUCGGAGUGGGCUACUCCAAUAUCAGCAAAGCUGUUAGUUGAUGUUGUCUUUCAUAGAAUAAAUGUUUUCAUUGUU